AUGGCGGAUCUUCCAGUAAAAGGUUCAGUCACCCCUCUCGCUUCCAUGAUCCCUGCUGAGGAGGCCCACAACGCUGCGAAACGAGUGCGAGAGGCCAUCUCUGAGCGUCAGAAAGAACUUGAUCGUCUCUCCCUUUUUUCCUCUGAAAACAACAACCUCAUCAACCUUGUCCAGCGGCUCCCAGAUGAACUCUCCCACGAAAUUAUGGUCUGAGUCCCAGAUCUCUGCUCCUCUUGUCUGCACAUAUUUGAUUUGAUCUGGGGAAAUAUCGUUGCAUUAUUACCUAAAAUGCUUUGUCUUGGCAUGGACAGGUACCCUUUGGGAAGGCGGCAUUUUUUCCCGGUCGUCUGAUACACACGAACGAGUUCUUGGUAACUAUCAGCUCCAAAACUACGAUUGCUUCCCGAUGUUUUUAUUUAUUCUUGAACCGUAGAGAACACCAUGUGAGUUUGACUUAAUAUUAUGGUCCGGUUCAAGGUUCUGUUGGGAGAAGGGUAUUAUGUAGAACGAGCAGCGAAGCAAACGGUCGACAUUCUACAGAGGCGAGGGAAGGAUUUAGAUUCUCAAGUUGAGUCCCUAAAGGCAAUGAUAACAGACCUUGAUACAGAGGCCAAGUUUUUCAGUGCUACAGCUGUUGAGGCCGAGGUAGCUAUUUGAUGCCCAUUUUGGAAUUUAUAUUGCCAUAUCAUGAAAUUAGUGAUGCUUAUUUGUAUUUAGAGAUUUAUACCUUUCGACAUCCGUAAGUACUAUACAAAAUUAUAAUGAAAACCUUUCUGCGCUGAAUAACGUUAUCUCUAAAUCAGCUAUACGGGCUUGCUCUCUCAAAUGUAGUUUGAUUUAGCAUCAAUUGGAAUCGAUCACACUUUCUCUGUGAAUAUAGAAAUUCAGUUGUUUAUUUAAUAUGAAAAUCGUGGCAAGCAGCAAAUUGCAACGCUUUGUGAGCGCAUUUUGUAGUGAGGAGAAUUUCAUGCCUUCCGAGCAAAGAAGAUGAACAAUAUACGUAGAUAUUCAACAUCUAUAUUCCGUUGGGAAAAAAUCGCAUAAAUUAUCAGAAAAAUUGUGUUCAUCCUUGAACAAAAUCUCCGCCGGGAAGAAUUGCCACUAUGCGAUGUGGGCUCUAAGUAACAGAUAUAAGUCAAUAUCCAUCCUGUCGGAGUUGACUAUUUUGGAAUAAAAUUAGAUUUCGAAUGCAAAAGAUUUGAUAUAUUUUAUUGCUUAUGCAGUUUUAUUAUCCUGGCCAUAAAGUUCGAAUGGUGCUUUCAGCUGAAUAAUUUCACUGCUCGAACAAUAGCGCCGAACUGAUACUUAUCUAUGCAUUUGUAUCUGUGUAAUCUCAUCUAUCAUACUUUUAACGCAGGAAGGCCUGGUAGAAAUAAGGGAAGACUAUGUGGAGGACUUCCCAGCUGAAAAUAAAGCUGAAUCAGGUAAUCCUCAUAUGCUUUUCUUGAAACUUCUUCCUAUUUUUAGUAUUCUCAUGCCAGAAAUCACUUAAAGCAUAUCGGCUAGUAUGACGAAUAAAUAACUGCUCGAGAACAAUGAUCUAUACUUUCGCAUCUUAUGUCUGACUGGUGCUCUAGAAGUCUUGCACUGCACGUCAGUUUUUCUCUAUCUCCCUCUCUCUCUAAGUUAUCCUGACUUCGUAUCAAGAUAAUGAUUAGGCUCCACAUAACUAAACAACUUGUACCUCUGGACUCUCUAUGAUUGCACCAGUACUAAAAGUUUCUCCUGGAUAAGCGCUUAGGUUUCCAAGAUGGUGCUUUAGAAUUGCUGGAGAUUUAUUGAAUGGAGCACAAAGGGUUCUCCAAUUAUCAGUUGAAACCUCUUAUAAUGAUGGUAUUAAUUAUCUACUUUUCCCAACAUUCUGGAGAGCCUCCUUAUUCUGCCCACAUGAAUUUCUGCUUCAUCACAUUUCUGUUCAUUUCAGCUCCAGUGUUCGGAUAGUUAAAUCACAUGUAUCAUUCAGACAUUAAAUUAUACGAGCUUUCUUUUUUUUAAUUUAUGCAUAUGUUUUACGUUUUUAUUCGAGAAAGUAAAAAGGGAAUUCUCAAUUUGACUUGACUCAAUUCCUAGUGCCCCAUCUUCAGUUGCUGCUUGGUCCUCUUUGGCAGGUGGUACUCAGAUUUCAGAGGAAGAGUAUGCUCGGAUUAUGUCCAGACUGGACGAAUUAGAGGACGAAGAAAAAGCAGCAGAGUGCGCUUCUAGUGAUGAAGAAACGGACAGGGCUCAUGCUAGCUCAGCCGAUUCCUCAUUUCCACAUGCCUUUGAUGGCCAUGGCAUCAGAGCUUCACUGGUAACUGAUUUCCGGUCUCAUAACAAGACAGAAUUUCCCUCGUAAAGAAACCAGAUUACUCGCCCAUUUUCUCUCAAUAAACCCGCCAAUAAAUGAUAAUUGAGCUCACGCCCUCAUUUAUUGCGAUCUCCAUGGGAUAGGAGGCGCAGCUCAAGGAUUUGGGACAGAGCCCAGAGGGAAAAGGAGUCGGGCAGAAGCAAGCUGCCGCUGGGCUGCCAUCUGUGAGAGAAUACGAACGCCAUGAAUCUAUUGAAUCUCCUAUGAAGGGAUUAGUUGAUGAAGAGACCUUGCAAAGGGUUGCUGAGGUAUCAAGCUCUCCCUCCCUCCCUCCAUUUCCUAUAUCACCUGUUCACCAGUCAAAUGCCACUGGCCUGUUCUUUGUUCUCUGUAUGCUGGGUGACUGACCAUGGAGAGAGAAUGAUUUUGCUUGGCAGAAUUCUGCUGCUGACUUUCCAGAACGAUCUCUGAGAGCAGGAUCUGAUCUUCCCAAGGUUCGCCUUCUCAAUCUCAUCGAUUUAGUUUAAUCCUAGUGCGUUCGCUUCUUGGGCUUCGAUCCUCACAGGCCCAUCUCAUGCAGGCUUUCACAGGGUCUAUUAUCGAGCGCAGUCAUGGCCUGCCGCCCACCGCCCCAGACAAGGACGCUGCCAACCAGGUAUUCCACGCAGUACCCAUAUUCAAACCUUAUGUCAGCCACCUUCAUCUAUAUACAUAUAAAAUCAAUCAGCAUAAGUUAUUUACUAUCAUGGUUCAUUCCACAGGCCCCGUUGACCAACUCUUCAAAGCCAGCCUCCCGCUUCAAGAUGCGGAGGGGCAACCGUUGA